CGUCUGAAUAGUGACUCGUUUAAAACUGUAUAAGAAGGGAUAUAAAUAGGAAUCGAUUCAAAGGAAUUAUCUCGGAAGUGAAGCGUCCAAUGGAAAUUAUGAGAAGAAAGACAUGAGGACCCGGAGCUGCGAGUCUGAUGCAGUUCACAACUUCGUUUAUGACUUGUUCAUUGGACAGGUGAGUAUCAUACAGGCCAGGAGUGUCCACAAUUGAAACCUGCCUUCUGUUCAUCAUCCGUGAUUCACGUGAGCAUUCUUUAGUGAUGGACGUCGCUCUUGCUUCUGAAUUGAAAGCUUUUUCGCCAAGAAUGGUGUUUCCUGUAGCGCUCUUUCCGACUCCUGUUUUACCAACUAAAACUAUGCGUAUCUCAGGAUCUGUUGACAUUUUAGAUGAGAAUUUGUGUUGUCAUAAUCAAAUACUGAAAUACUGAGGUGUGUUGAUGAGGAAGAAUUGUUAAAACUUACCCAUAGUGCUGGAAUAGCUUCUCUGCAUGGUUGACUUGCUUCUUCAAGGAUUUCAGGACAUCUGACAGCAGUUGGGUUGUUGAAGCCAUCAGUUCUGAGAGUUUACUACCUCCUGAUUUGACCAACCCCUUUUUUUACACGGGUUGUAUGACUGGAAAAGCUUUUACUUAAGCUAUAUAGGACGGGAGAUGAGAGGAGGUGAUUUAAAAGAAGAUCUGUUUUCUGAAGGGAAAAGCCUGGACAAUUUGACGGACUACUUUUGUUAUGGAAACCCCAAAGAAAUUGCAGGUUAUCCUGCUUGGUACAACUGGGUCUGGUAAAAGUGCUUCCGGAAACAUCAUACUCAAUAAAAAGGUCUUCAAGUCUUAUGCAUCUACUCAGUCAGUGACAGUAUCAUACCAGACGGCUUCAGCCACAGUGAAUGGAAUGGAAGUCACAGUCGUGGACACUCCAGGAUGGCACUGCACUAAAAUCCCUGAGGAUGAGGUGGCAUCCCAAAUAAAGACGGCCAUUUUGUCACUUAAUGGACCUUAUGCUUUUCUUAUGGUCUUCCCUAUUGGUUCCUUUACUGCCAAAGAGAUGCUAAUAAUUCCAAAAUUACAUAAAGUCUUAGGAGAUCAAUUCAUGAAUCAUACCUCAAUUCUGUUCACACACUCUGAUAACCUUGAGUCAAAAUCCUUUAAGCAAUUUCUAGAGGAGGAAACAGGACCAUUGCGGAGCAUUAUUCUCAGCUGUGGGAAUCGAGUGUUCACUUGGAACAACAAAGACAGUUCAUCUGUCAAGAAAAGUCUGAACAAAGUCUUACAAGUUCUGAAAGAAACACAGAUAAAGCAUGACAAUGCUAUGGAUUGCACCAACAGUAAAAGGCAAGAUGAAAAAAUGAUGGUUAGAAAGCCAGAACACAGUCAAAUUCCAUCUGAUGACCUGACAGGACCUUCAGAUGCACAAAAGAAGAGGCACAAGAGAGACAAUGCAGAUCCUCAGAACAAAACCACUCAACAAGUCAGAGUUGUUGUCCUGGGAAUGACAGGAGCAGGAAAAACCUCAACCAUCCAGACUCUUUUAGGAAAAGCUACCAAAACUGAAAGCAGCAAAUCCCUACUGUAUACAAUCAGCAGCUCUGGGGUUAAUUUAAUGUUGAUUGAUUCUCCUGGAUUUAACAAAGAAACAGAAGUGAACGAUUCAGUCUCUCAGUCUCUUUCACAUGCCACUCCAGGGCCGCACGUCAUUAUGAUUGUGAUUAAAGUGGGAGAAAUUACAGCAGAAACCUUUAAAAUGAUAGAUCACAUAAACAAGCAUCUUGACAAAUCAAGAGCACACACACUGAUCGUUUUCUCUGGAAAGGAUGAACUGAAAGACAAAGCUAUUGAAGAAUUCAUUAAGGAGAAUCCAGAGCUCGACGGUCUUCUAAAAACAUAUGGCAAAAGAUAUCAUGCACUGAAUAACAAGGACAUUGAGGAUCAGACUCAAGUAAAUCAACUGCUGGAGAAGAUUUCUGAUAUAUACCAUAACAACAAAGGUCAAUUCAUCAAAGAACAUGGUAAACGCCAGGAAAAAGCAGAGAAAUCGCAAAAAGCAGAAAAUCAAGACAAGUCUGAGGGGAUGUGGAUUUAAGGCUUCCAGGAAACAUUGGAAAAGAAAGAUAUGCAGAUAUUUUUGGUUUUGUUUGAUCAGCUUACCACACAUUCUAUUUCAACUGAAGAUGUCAGCAUGCAAACAAUAUUUGUAUUCAAAAUUUCAUUUUAUGUUUGGAAAUAUUCUCUCAGAAUGAUUGACAUUAAACCUUAAGUGUUUUUUUUUCAGUAUAUACUCAUUUUAAAGUCUGUCAGAACAGUUACAAUGGUUAACACGUGCUAUAAUUUUCAGAUUUUUUGUAUGAUAGAUUGAUCUACAUUUUUAUUGUAGACUGUUAGAAGUGUCAUAUUUGGGAGUCAACUUAACGUAUCUAUUAAAUAUAAUCAUUACAGUGACAUGUACUACUCAGGGUUUAUAAGUUUAUUAGUAUAUUAGCUUUAGAGAAGGCCAUUUCUUUCCGCCACAUGGAUUUUCUUUUCUUUUUGUAAUUUGCAUUCAGUUUACAUUUUAUCAUGUGAACUGUAUUUAAUUUUAAUUUUAAUAUUAUCUAAUGACUUGGUAUUUCUGCUAUUCA